AUGGGCUCAGUGAUUUUCAUCUCCAUUCCCGUAUUGGUGGUGCGCAAACGAGCAUUCGAGGCAAAACUGCAAGUCGUCUCAGACGAGCGUGAAGCGUCAAGACAGGCUUCUAUAUUUGAAUUACGGAAUACUACAGCUUGCGCCGACUCAUCGGGUCAUGAGCUUGAGGCUCAGUGCAAGCCCCGGUCACACACUGUCACCGUUCACAAGUCUCAUGGAAUGAGCUCCAAUGACGAUCAGAUUCCCUGGUGUGAUGAUGAUCAAAUCACAGUCGCGGACACCCAUCAUCAUCAUCACCACCACCAUCGGGUCUUCCCCAUGGUCGGCGUUGGCGCCAGACCGGAUCUGCAAAACCACCCUCGUGACGCCGUACCUCUACCUGUCUUCACCGUCGAGCCACCAAAAUCAAAAUUUGAGAAUGCGAUUCGAGACGCACAGAAGUACUUCUGGUCCAAAGCACCAGUAUCCCGCAACUCUCAAUUCCACGGCCUGACAUCAGCCGAACGCGAAAAGCUAGGCGGAGUCGAGUACAAAGCCGUUCACUUUCUAUCAGUCAUCGUCUCACUGUACCUAAUUGUAUUCCUUGGUCUUGGGAUAGUCGGCAUGGGCACCUGGCUACAGGUGAAUCAUCCAGAAAUUGCUGGCGAUAAUGGACUCUCUCCAUUCUGGACAGGCGCCUUCUUUGCCGUUUCGGCAUUUGUGAAUAGCGGCAUGGCUCUUUUAGACAAGAACAUGACCGCUUUGCAAUUAAAUGCCUAUCCGCUACUCACUAUGGCCCUGCUUGUUCUUGCUGGGAACACCCUCUUUCCCUGUUUUUUGCGGUUCAUUAUUUGGACCAUGAGGGCCCUAGUACCAGAUCAACCGAAAUGGAGAUCAUGGCGAAUGACUUUAACUUUUAUUUUGGAUCAUCCGCGGAGGGUGUAUACAAACCUUUUCCCAGCUCGACAUACCUGGUAUCUGCUUGGGACAAUUAUUGUUCUCAAUGCGAUCGACUGGGCAGGCUUCGAAAUACUAUCCAUCGGAAAUAAGGAGAUACAGGCUCUACCAUCUGAAUAUCGGGUGCUGGAUGGGCUUUUUCAGGCUGUUGCCGUUCGUUCCGGAGGAUUCUAUGUUGUGACGAUAUCCGAUUUGCACCAGGGUCUGCUUGUUCUUUACGUUCUGAUGAUGUACGUCUCCGCAUUUCCAGUGCUGGUCACAAUGCGCAACACGAACGUCUACGAGGAACGCUCCCUCGGCAUCUACGCCAACGACGAAUCCGAGUCCCCCGCAAACACUAGCCGUAGCAAUGUGCUCGUUGACUUAAUCCGACACCACCUUGGUCGCCCUGGUGCCUCAGAGACAUCCCGCGGCUAUUUCGUCCAUCAACAACUCCGAUCCCAACUUAGUCACGACCUAUGGUGGAUCGCGCUAGCCGUCCUUUUCAUCGCAAUCGCAGAGGCAGACCACUUCACUGCACAGCCUAUCGCUUUUGCGACCUUUAAUGUCAUCUUUGAGGUCGUAUCCGCCUACGGCUGUGUCGGUGUCAGUGUUGGCUACCCGGGCAAAAAUUACUCGUUCUGCGGGGCGUGGCAUCCUGUUAGUAAGAUGAUUCUUGCUGCCGUUGCGUUGAGAGGGAGACAUCGAGGACUCCCGGUUGCUAUUGACAAGGCGAUCAUGUUGCCUAGUGAGUCAUUAGCUUGGGCCGAGGAAGAAGAUGCUGCUCUGCGGAGGGAGAGAGUAAGGGCAUGGUGA